UACACCUGCUUAAUUAAGAGUACUAUAGAAUAUCAAAGAUAUCAAAGUGGCAAGGGGGAAAUUAUGAGUGGCAGUUAAACAGAGCAGGAGAGACAUUAAGAGGAAAUGACAGCAGAGGAGUGAGAGGAGUAUGGAGUACAGAGAGAGGCAAGAGUGUUUCAAAAAGUAAAUGGAUGUUCCUCAAUGUUCCUCAGCCCGUUCCAUGCCUCCACCCCCCUCCUACGCUGAAGCCAGUCAGUGUCCAGCUUAUAUGACAGGUCCGGCGACUCCUUCAACACCACCUCCCAGUUAUGGGGAAGCAGUGAGUGCAUCAAAUGAAGCAGUUCCGUCUCCCUUUCCUGUUCUCACCAUUCCCACCGAAAUUACAACAGUCCACCAAACACAGCAAGUGUUUGUGCAACAGACAAUACGUUCUUCGCCCCCCCAAGUGUUCGUGGUUUCACAGCAGGAGACACACAGACGUCACAGCAGGCGUCGGCUGCUUGACAGACCCACUGUGAUUAACUGCCCAUACUGCCAUCAAAAUAUCACCACCACUGUGGAAUACAAACCUGGGGCUGGAGCAUGGGGCAUGUGCUUCCUCUUCAUUCUUCUUGGGUUCAUCUGUGGAUGUUGUCUUAUCCCAUUUUGUGUUACAGCAUUCCAAGAUGUUCAUCACAGCUGUCCACACUGCAGUAAACACAUAGGGAUAUAUGUUCGCUAA